ACGUCUACCAAAGAGUCACGCAAACUCGGAAACUUAAAAUGGCCGACGGUCGUCUGCAAGGCAAAGAAAUUAUUGUCACUGCAGCAGCGCAAGGAAUCGGUCGUGCUGUUGCCGAAGAAUUUGCCAAGGAGGGUGCUAAUGUUUUAGCCACCGACAUCAACAGCGAAAAACUCGCUGAACUGAACUCUGUCAAAGGAAUACGAACCAAGAUUUUAGACGUGACGAACUACGAUGCGAUUAAAGAACUGGUCAAAGAUUUCUCCAAGUUAGACGUGCUCUUUAACUGCGCUGGGUUUGUUCAUAAUGGAUCGAUUUUGGACUGUGAGGAGAAAGAUUGGGAUCUUUCCUUUGAUAUAAACGUGAAGAGCAUGUAUCGUUUGACGCGGCAAUUUCUCCCCAUCAUGCUCGCAAACGGUGGAGGAGUAAUUAUCAACAUGGCCUCUGUAGCUUCGAGCAUUAAGGGAGUUCCGAAUCGUUUUGUGUACAGCACAACAAAGGGUGCAGUCAUCGCCUUCACCAAAGCACUAGCAGCUGACUUCACCGCGCAGGGAAUUCGUACCCAUGCCAUUUGCCCUGCCACAGUGGAUACUCCUUCACUGCGAGGGCGAAUCAACAGUGCCCCAGACCCUGAAGAAGCCAUGAAGAAAUUCCUGGCGCGGCAGAAACAGGGAAGACUUGGAAGACCUGACGAAAUUGCAAAACUUGCUGUUUUCCUUGCGUCAGAUGAGGCGCCUUACAUGACUGGCUGUGAGCAUAUCAUCGAUGGAGGAUGGAUGCUUGGCUAAGUGCCUGUUUUGGUAGAGGGGGGAGGGGUGGGGUCACCGCUUAGGCUUGAUAUCUUGAUCAUUUCUAAUUAAAAGAGUCGUCGAUUUUCUGUUAUAUGAACUUGUUCAAACUGAUAUUGAAGCAAACCGUUGUUCAUUUUCUUAGUCUUAC